UCAAAAUGGCGGACGCAGCGAAGCAAGUGUCCAAACCUCCUUCUGAAAGAAUACGCAUUUUGUCAGAUUGUGCAAGUGUUAUUGAAGUAGACAGCAAUGUACCACCAAAAAGAUACUUUAGAUCAGGCAUUGAAAUGGAGAGAAUGGCUAAUGUUUAUUUAGAUGAGAAGAAUUAUGAAAGUGCUUUUAUCCUGUUUACAAAAUUCAUUAUUUUAUUUGUGGAGAARCUGCCUAGUCAUGUUGAAUACAACAAAACAUCACCUCAAGACAAAGCUGCUAACAAAAAGAGAUUAAAGCUUAUCUUUGAAGCUGCUGAGCAAAUCAAGAGAAUAUUGACCAAGAGAUAUGAAGAGGAAUACAAGGARUGGAAAAAACAGGAAGAGAAAAGGAAAGCAGAAGAAGAACUGAAAAAGAAACAAGAAGAAGCCAGAAGAGAACAAGAAAGACAAAAAGCAGAAGCCAUCUUGGUWGAAGAAUUAGAAAGACGAGAGAAUAMUAAAUCUCAAGGCAAAGAUCUCCCAGUACCCCCUAUUAAURCACCAGCAAYCCCCUCAGCUCCUCCUCUACAGUCAACCCUSAUUGGGGAUUUCCCUGCUCCUCCYACACUUGGCUCAGUAGRUGAAAGUACUAUAMAGAAYSAUGARAGUAGUUCUAGAGAUCAUGGGACACCGAAUACAGAUACCACAUACACUGUCACAACUCCAAGCUUAUAUUCUUUGAGCGCUGGCCCACCAACAAUUGACAGGUCAUCAAAGCCUAGUGAUACUACAUUUACAGACGGUGGUCUAAGGAUUAUGCACAUCCCUUCAGGGYUAGCUCGCAUCUUCCUGGACAUUGCAUCUCCCAACACUAGACAGAAUAGGGAAACAUGUGGGAUACUCACUGGGAAACUGAAACACAACAAUUUCCAUAUCACUCAUCUCAUCAUCCCCAAGCAGUCAUCAACGUCGGAUUCUUGUACAACACUAAGUGAAGAAGACCUGUUUGACUACCAAGACAGCCACGAUCUCAUCACACUGGGCUGGAUACAUACCCAUCCUUCACAGACAGCAUUCAUGUCUAGUGUUGACCUACACACACACUGCUCGUACCAGCUAAUGAUGCCAGAGGCCAUUGCUAUUGUGUGCUCUCCUAAAUUCAAUGAAACUGGUGUGUUUUCACUAACCCAAGAAUAUGGAAUGAAGUUCAUAUCGUCCUGUAGAAAGCCCGGGUUUCAUCCUCAUCCGAAAGAGCCUCCCAUCUAUAAGGAAAGUGACCACAUCAAAUGGCAAGAUGGUGCAACCAUUGAAGUAGUUGAUCUACGGAGAUAGGUUCCUUUAUUUUAUUUCGUCUUAUGACGUUAAUAUACAAAUUACUAUUUUUGGUUUACCACGAGUUAUUUUACCACGAGUUAUUUUUAUGUUUCUCGUCUAAAAUUAGCUUAUAUGAACUCAAGGAUGAAUUUGAGUAUUCCAUUACCUCACUUUUGAGAUCUUACUUGUGCAGCCUUAACCUCGAAAGCAUAUGAUAUAUAGAGGAUAUUACAUGGGCGCGUGGURAUACGGAUUUUAUCUACGAGURUUGAAAAGAUCUAUCACGAGUGAGCGUAGCGAUUUUCAACACGAGAUGAUAAAAUKUGUUUCUCCAAGCGACCAUGUAAUAUUCUGUUUACCAUAUAAUUACAUAUGAAAGCAAAUAAUGGCGUAAAAUAGAGUUUUUUCUUACUUCCACUAUAUAGAGAGACCUCGAAUGUGACAUUUUCACUAGUGAAAAUAACAUGUUUCACUAGUGACAGAAACCAGGACAGAUCAGUCUAGKUAKAAUUAAUUAUUUUAAAUCCUUCAAAAUAUACCAAUUAUAUGAUAAAGCACUUUGUGUACAAAGAAUGCAAAAAAAUAUGCUUGAUCGAAACUAAGCUURCACAGAAGAAACUUCGAAACUGAGGUAUUAGCAUAGAGUUUCACUGUGGAAAUUUAUACUAAAAAUUCCUUCCUUUCAAGAGCUCUCGAAGACCGACUUCACUUCUUGAAUGCGAAGAGGAAAAUUAAAAUGAAAAGAAAAAGAUAAAGGAAGAAAGUCAAAGAAGCAAAGAAUAAAAACGAUUAAAGUUG